AUGACAGAUUCUGCAGCAUAUAAAUGCGUGUGGAUCGUCACAGUCCUUGGAGAGCGCGGAGGCGAAAGAUGGCACGUUUUUCAGGCAAGCCGGGUAAAGAUGGGCGCCCGAGGAUGCAGCAGUGCGGGGCUCCCCGCCUGCCCUCUCCCUCCACCCCCGUCCGCGCUCCCCUCGCGCCGCUCGCCCCCCGCGUCCCGCGCUGACGUAACGCUGCCG